AUGCUAAAAAUAAUUACAAAAUCAAACAAAUUUUUUUUUGUUAUUAAAAUUAUUUUUUUUUUUGAAUGUAUAGAUUUAAAAUUCCCUACUUGUUGUUGUGAAAAUUGUAAAUUAGAAGAGGGUAGCCAUUCAGAUAGAAUAAUAAUACCAACUCAAUUACCAAAUGAAUUAGAAGGUUAUUUAACAUUUGACCAAUAUAAAUUAUUGGCAACUGAAUGUAGAAAUAUUUUAAAUAGAUCAGAUAUGGCUUAUAAAAUUGGUAUUGGUUCAGUUUUAUUAGGUACAUUACUUUCAUUAAUUUUUAUUUGGGUUCGUAAAAGUAUAAUUGGUUUAAUUUUAUUAUCAGCCACUAUUGUAACAAUUAUUUCAAUAGGAAUAAUUGCUUCAUAUUUAAUUAUUAAGUUAACACAAAGUUUAUUGGAUAAAAAAACAAAUCAAUUCAAUAUUGAUUUUAAUUCAACUUCAAAAGGUUUUAGAAUUGAAAAAAACACAAAGCAAUAUUCAAGUUCAUUAAACGAAGAUAAUGAAACUGAAGAUUCAAAACUAACAUUUAUUUAUAUUAUUUAUAAUAUUGAAAAACAAGAUGUACAACCUCAAACAGUGAUUGAAUUUAAAACAGAUGAAAUUAAUGAAAUGAUCACUCACAAGUUUCAAAUAGAGAAUAAUGAUGAUAGUGUUAACAAUAAUAUUAAUGAAAAAAAUGAUUUUAUUAUUAAUAUUCCAAAAGAUGGAAAUUGUGAUGGCAUCAUUUUAUUAACAAAUAAUGGUUUGAAACAAUCAAGAGGAUUAGAUAAAAUCUCUUUAAUUAAGCAACAUUAA